AUGCCUGUGAAUCAGCAAGAGCUCUCAAUUUUAGAAUCCUUAGUCAACAUCCGAAACCGCCUGACAGCUUUAAAGAAGGAUAGGAAGGAUUACAUCAAAUCUUCAGAUGUACAAUCAAUUUACUCUCAAGUUAUAAAGCUAAUUUCAAAGUUAAAUGAUGCAAGAGAAGACGUUGAUCUAUCAACAGCUACUCCAAAUAGAGUUGAUACUACGCUAGAUGACGUUAUUCAAUUAUUAUCUUUAUUCUUCUUAACGAUUGGUAAAAACAAAGAAAGUCCUGCAACUUACUGUCAAUUAGCAACUAUACGUCAAUUACUGUCUCAUCUCGAUGAGUCUGGUGUCUACACACAAAAUGACUUACAACCAUUUCAAAAUAGACUUAGCCAACUUAGCCAGAUUAUCAAUAAAGAUAGAGAAAUCGGUAAACACCCAGAUCAAAUGACAAAAUUUCUUUUGAGAAGGCUAGAAGACUGUGAACGCAUUUACAGAAACUUGGUCACCUCUUUAAGCGUUUUAGACGUUGAGCUAGUUCCCAUCCAUCAACGUUUAGUCACAAUUCGUCGUCAAUUAGCUGCUAUCGUUAGCAAAGACAACCCUCCUCAGAAGCACGAAAUUAAACCUCUGCUCGAAGAAUUACGUAAAAUUGACAGCAAAAGACAAGAUGGUAAAUUCUUAGGCCCAGGUGGCUCAUCCGUCCCACCCGGUCAAGCCAUUCUUGUCGGUUUACUCGAAGAAUGCUUCGAAAUCGUUCAAGAUGUUAACGCUAGAAGAGAUGACGUCGCUAUACCACUUAAACCUAUAUUUGACAGACUGACGGAAAUCAGAAUGCAAUUAGAAAGGUUGGUCCUAACUCACAGAUGGACUUUGCGAGAGACCGACCUUUGGAAUUAUCAAUUAAGCUUGCAAGAGAUUGACAAAAUGAGAAUAGAUGGAAAAUGGGUUGACAGUGAUGGCAAUCAACCAGGUGGUCAAUUCGCCCUUCUCUACCUUCUCCGCCGCUGUCAUGGUCUGCUGUACAGACUGAUCUCUUCAAGUGAACCUAUCUCCGAAGAACUCAUGCCUAUAUCCAACAAGCUACUCACUGUCAAGAAGUGUUUAAAUGAAGUUCUCAAGCAUGGCAAUGACUUUACUCCAAGAGAUCUUUAUCCAUAUCACCUCGCACUCUACCAAAUCGACAACCUCCGUAAAGAUGGCAAAUUCUACUCUGACGACGGAAGUGUUCCAGAAGGUCAAGCGAUAGUCUCUGCCCAUCUAGAAGAAUGUCAUGCUUUGAUUGAGCAAAUGCAAGAAGGCAUAAACUCAUCUGAUGACGAUGAAGACGAUGAAGAGGAGGAUGACGACAACUCUGAAGAAAUCUUAGAAGAUGGAUUAAAACCUGCACAACCUUUCCCAACUCACUCACCCGUCCCUCCAUCUGUCACACUCGCUCCGCCUACUUCCACACUCGCAAGUCUCGCAAUAAGAAGCAACGAUAGCGGCUCAACCGCAAGCAAUGCCUCAUCAUCAGCCGUACCGCCUGUGAACAUUCCAAGUGGUACAACCCACACUACUUCAAUGGAUAGAUCUGAGUCUACCUCUACUUCACUCGACACUGCAACUGCAUCUCAACCAGAUCAGCAGUGA